GGAGAGAGAAAGUGAAGAAAAAAGCAAAGAGAGGAGAGAUAUUGCAGAGCUCUCUUUUUCUUUAGUCUCUCCUCGUUUUUUAGGAAAACCAGAGCGGUUUUUCACUGCUUUUGAUUCUCUGAACGUGGAAAAGAAGAUCCCCUGCUGCCCCGAUUAACUAUGCACAUCUAUAUAUAAACCUCCCUUCCCCUCUAUUCCCAUUCAUUCUUCUCCUCCUCCUCCUCAUAUCUUACAAGCUUUUCUCCCUCACUAAAUCUUCAUCCUUUUUUGUUAAACACCAGUAAGGGGUAGGUAUUUUUAGAGAGAGAAAAUGAGCAGGAAACCAGGGGACUGGAACUGCAGGUCAUGCCAGCACCUCAACUUCAGCCGACGCGACUCCUGCCAGCGCUGCAAUGAACCGAGGACCGGCGGCGGCUCAUCUUUCGGAGGCGGAGGCGGAGGAGGCUUUGGCGGUGGCUCUGACGUUAGGCCGGGGGAUUGGUACUGUAGAAUUAGCGGUUGUGGGGCCCACAACUUCGCCAGCAGAUCCAGCUGCUUCAAGUGCGGCGCGUUUAAGGAUGAAGCCGGCGGCGGUUACGACGGAGCGGAGCCGCCCCGCAGGGGCGGCUACGGCUUCGGCUCCUCUUUCAGUGGGGGUGGACGAGCCGGCUGGAAAUCAGGAGACUGGAUUUGCACAAGGUCUGGGUGCAAUGAGCACAACUUUGCGAGCAGGAUGGAAUGCUUCAGAUGCAACGCACCCCGAGACUCGGGUACAGAGGUGUGAAAGGAGAAAAGGGAAAAAGUUUUAGUUAGCGUAGUUGGAUAGGGCUGGGUGUUCUCUCAGCAUUUUGUCUUGGUACCCAUACAUAUGUCAUCUCUCUCGCCCUUCCCUUCACCCAAGGAAACAAACUUAAAAAUACUAUGAAUGGUGUCUCAGUUUAUGCUACUUUUUGAGUGUUGUGGUGUCCCGAGGCUUCAUAUUUAAGUGUGAGAAGCAUCAAUGUCUUGACAAACAUCUCUUUCUAUCUAUCAAUACAAACCAUAUUAUAUAUUUCAUAUUA